AUGGGCGAAUUCCCCGUGAAGAAAUGCGGCGUUCUCGGCUGCACCGGCUCUGUCGGCCAGCGCUUCAUCCUCCUCCUCUCUCAGCACCCCUACCUCAAGCUUGUCGCUGUUGGCGCCUCCUCCCGAUCUGCCGGCAAGAAAUACCGCGAUGCCGUCCGGUGGAAGCAGGCCUCGCCUAUGGGCCCCUUUGGCGACCUUGUAGUCCGCGAGUGCAAGGCUUCUGAAUUCAGCGACUGCGACGUUGUCUUCUCUGGCCUGGACUCUGACGUUGCCGGCGAGAUCGAGAUGGAAUUCCUGAAGGCCAACCUCGCCGUCUUCUCCAACGCUAAGAACUACCGUCGCGACCCCCUCGUCCCCCUCGUCGUGCCCACCGUCAACCUUCCCCAUCUCGAUCUUAUCCCUCACCAGCGUAAGCACCACAACCUCCAGAAGGGUUUCCUGGUCUGCAACUCCAACUGUGCCGUCAUUGGUCUCGUCAUUCCUUUCGCGGCUUUGCAAUCCGCCUUCGGCCCCGUCGACUCUGUCUCCGUCGUCACCAUGCAGGCCGUCUCUGGCGCCGGCUACCCCGGCGUGUCCUCCAUGGACAUGAUUGACAACGUCGUGCCCUUCAUCUCCGGUGAGGAGGACAAGCUCGAGACCGAAGCACAGAAGAUCCUUGGUCAGAUCAACCCUGACCUCACUGCCUUUGAGGACCAGAAGACCCUGAAGGUCAGCGCGGCAUGCAACCGCGUCCCCGUCCUGGACGGCCACACUGCGUGCGUCUCCCUCCGCUUCGCGCGCCGCCCUGCGCCCUCCGCAGAGGAGGUCAAGAAGGCCCUGCGCGAGUACGUCAGCGACGCCCAGCGCCUCGGAUGCCCCUCUGCCCCCGAGAACCCCAUUAUCGUCUUUGACGAGGCGGACCGCCCCCAGCCCCGUCUCGACCGCGACCUCGGUCGCGGUUACACCGUCAGCGUUGGUCGCGUCAGAGAGGACGAGAGCGGCAUCUUUGACAUCAAGUUCGUCGCCCUCAGCCACAACACCGUCAUUGGCGCUGCUGGAUCGUCCAUUCUCAACGCCGAGGCUGCUGUUCUCAAGGGCUUUGCUUAA